CCCCGGUACACUAUACAACAACUCCCAUUACAAGUUUUACUACCAGACCUACUAUAAAUACUACUAUAAAUUCCAUAUUACUUCAUCUAUCAGCUCAUCAAAAUGCGUUUGCUCACCAUCUCCACCCUCUUCACCCUGGCUGCCACCGCCCUGGCCGAAACCAAAUACACCUCGUGGUCGCAAAUGAAAGAAGGCCUGCCCGAGUGCACAAACCAGUGCCUCGACAAAAUGUACAAGAAGACCACCAUCGAGAAACACUGCGGCGACGACGCCAGCAUGGACUGCAUCUGCUCCAUCCCAGUCGCCGGCAAAAAGAAGAACACCAUGAAUGAGGCCAUUCGCGCCGUGUCCCCGUGCAUCCAGAAGGAGUGUGACGGCGGCAGCACCAACGGGACGGAGGUGGCGAUUCAGUUCGCGGACCGCUGGAACGGGGUGAUUGAUGAGCAGUGCAAGAGGCGUGAUCCUAGUGAUGAUGAUGAUAAGGAUGAGGAGAAUGCUGCUUCGGUGCCUGCGCUGGGCUCCGGGAUGAUUGUUCUGUCUACGGUGGCUAUCAUGGGGGGCUUCAUGCUAUGAUUGUUUCUUCUUAUGGGCUUUUCAGAUUCCUUUUUCUAUAUUCAUUGUUGACAUACUCAUUAUACCCGAUGGCGAGCUACCGCAUACUUCGAU